AGAACAUUCAGACGCACAGAGAAGCCCGUACAGCCUGCCAUUCCGGUUCCCUAGAGCUGUGCCCAGGAGGCAAUGAGGGAGGGAAGGCGUGGAGUUUAGGAGACAGCUGCCCCACCCACCACCUGUUAGAGCUUCAAGACCAGGCGCUGCACUGCCAGAUAGGGCAAGGCAGUGUGACCCCACCUAGAAGGAUCGGCAGAGGCAAUUGAGAGCCUGGCUACAAGAGUUGCUGCACAUCUGGAGCCAGAAUGUCUGCUGCAGAGACAGGCUCGGAGCCCUCUCAGGGGGCAGGCCCCUCUGAGGCCACACUGCACAGCCUGCGGGAGGCCUUCAAUGCAGGGCGGACUCGGCCUACUGAGUUUCGGACUGCACAGCUGCGGAGCCUGGGUCGCUUCUUGCAGGAAAACAAAGAGCUGCUGCAAGAUGCACUGGCUAAGGACGUGGGCAAGUCAGGCUUCGAGUCAGACAUGAGUGAGAUCAUCCUGUGCGAGAAUGAGGUGGACCUGGCCCUCAAGAACCUGCAGACCUGGAUGAAGGACGAGCCUGUGUCCACCAACUUGCUCACCAAGCUGAGCUCAGCCUUCAUCCGGAAAGAGCCCUUUGGCCUGGUGCUUAUCAUUGCACCCUGGAAUUAUCCUGUGAACUUGAUGAUCAUACCUUUAGUGGGGGCCAUUGCUGCAGGAAACUGUGUGGUGCUGAAGCCAUCAGAAAUUAGCAAGAACACAGAGAAGGUGCUGGCAGAGCUGCUGCCCCAGUAUCUGGACCAGAGCUGCUUUGCUGUGAUGUUGGGAGGACCCGAGGAGACCAGGCAGCUGCUGGAACACAAAUUUGACUAUAUCUUCUUCACAGGAAGUCCUCGGGUAGGCAAGAUCGUCAUGACUGCUGCUGCCAAACACCUGACACCCAUCACCCUGGAGCUGGGGGGUAAGAACCCCUGCUAUGUGGAUGACAACUGCGACCCCCAGACAGUGGCCAACCGUGUGGCCUGGUUCCGCUAUUUCAAUGCCGGCCAGACCUGUGUGGCCCCCGAUUAUAUCCUGUGUAGCCAGGAGAUGCAGGAGCGGUUGGUGCCUGCCCUGCAGAAUUCCAUCACGCGUUUCUAUGGAGAUAACCCACAGACCUCCCCCAACCUGGGCAGAAUCAUCAACCAGAAGCAUUUCAAGAGGCUCCAGGGAUUGCUGGGCUGUGGCCGUGUGGCCAUCGGUGGCCAGAGUGAUGAGGGAGAGCGCUACAUUGCCCCCACAGUGCUGGUAGACGUGCAGGAGACAGAGCCCGUGAUGCAGGAGGAGAUCUUUGGGCCCAUCCUGCCCCUGGUGACUGUGAGAAGCCUGGAUGAAGCCAUUGAGUUCAUCAACCGGCGGGAGAAGCCUCUGGCGCUGUAUGCCUUCUCCAACAACAACCAGGUGGUGAAUCAGAUGUUGGAACGCACCAGCAGCGGUGGCUUUGGAGGCAACGAUGGCUUCCUCUACCUGACCCUACCAGCUCUGCCUUUGGGGGGAGUUGGCAACAGCGGGAUGGGCAGGUACCAUGGCAAGUUCUCCUUUGACACCUUCUCCCACCAUCGUGCCUGCCUGCUGCGCAGCCCUGGGAUGGAAAAGCUUAAUGACCUCCGUUACCCGCCUUAUGGUCCCUGGAACCAACAACUGAUAAGCUGGGCCAUAGGCUCCCGGAGCUGCACCCUCCUGUGAAUGCCACCUUGACUCCUCUCUCCUGCUUCCCUGCCCCAACCUACCUGAGCUUUCAGCGGCUUCCAAGUCCCCAGUGGUUUUUGAAAGGCAGGUGUCUGGCCCAGCCUGUGAAUACCCCACUUCUGGAAUGUUUUCUGAAUGUACCCGCAGCCAGGCAGAUGUAUACCCCUUUCCAUAGCACAGCAUCCUCAGCAGCCUCCUGCUCUUCUGCUUAGACAGAGAAGCCCCCUCACCAAGUUUGGGCAGAUCUGGUGACUAAGGCAGACUUAAUUUGUCAGAUCGUAACAGGAUCCCAAAAGACAGAGCAGCUGCUCACAACUUCAUCCAUACCUAGAGGGUGGCUUUGUCCCACCUGAAGUGACAUGAUCAUGACCUCAAAUCAGAAUUACUGGUGGAAUCUCAGUGUGUUCAUUUGUUACUUUCCUGUAGCUUCUAUUAAAUGACCUCACAUGGGCAAAUUCAGGGAGAAAAGA